AUUCGGAAUCCUUGUCCAUAGUCUCAAAAAUACACCUUUUGUCUAAGUCAAAAAAGAAAAAUCCUCAAGAAUUUUAAAAGCUUCCCCAUUCAACAAUAAUGGUUCCCCACUAUACACGCCAAGAAUUGUUUAUUAUUCAAUUUGAUUGAAUUAUUUAUUUUUAAUUAUCUGUCACAUUUUUUUCUUUCUAAGCUUAUUUCAAUAACAAUGUAUGGAAUUAGCAGCACAUAAAAAUCUAGAAUAAAAUUCAAAGUUAAAACUUUGCUUGCAGCCAUCGACAUAGAAGACCAGCUCCUCUAGUCUUCAUUGGACCCCACAUAACCACUGUUCCUCAAAAUUAUGAUAACAUUUUUUGGGUUCCAUAAAGUCUUGGUCUUUCAUCAAGAGAUAAAAAAAAACAAACCUUUCUUCAAUCCUCCUGCAGAAUUUUAAUGGGGGAGUUUCAGAGAUCAAGAUCCUAUGCAAAUGGGGAAAGGAUGCAGAUAGAUAGCUACUAUGGUGCACCUAGACCUCUUCCUCAUGAUUUCAGGAGCUAUAGUGUUUCAUAUGUUCAAACUCAAGGUGGUGUUAAUAAUAGGGACUUGAAGCUGAAGAAAGGGAAAAGCAUUUCAGGUUCUAUUUCCAAGUCUUGGAGCUUUGGUGAUCCUGAACUUCAGAGGAAGAAGAGGGUUGCUAGCUAUAAGAUGUAUUCUGUGGAAGGAAAAGUCAAACGUUCCCUCAGAAACAGUUUUAGGUGGCUUAAGAACAAGUACUCCAAGGUUGUUUAUGGUUGGUAGGUACUACUGUUAAAUGUUAAUUACUUUGUCCUAUUGUUUGUGUUGCUUAAAGUUCUGUAUACAAAUUUUAAGUUUGUUGUAAGAACUUUCAGAUUAAUCAUCAUUCAUCACUAAUUAAUAAUGGGUUAUGAUCGGUUUUCUUGAGUUAGUCAAAGCUUUUGUUGAUAUGUUAGAUAGACUGUUAAAUCAUGUUGGAUCCUGAGGGAUCAGAAUAUAUCUUUCCAUUUAUUGAAGUGUUCUGUAAUCUGUAACCUUCUUAAUUCUGUUUCUACUUUCCGAUUAUGGCUUUUGA